AUGUCAGAUCUUACCAACACCUCAUCCUCUUCCCGCUCUAUCAAAGAGAUCGUGCCUGACCUUGAAGGAGGAGUACCAGAGAUGGAGGAUAAAGAAGAUCUCACGAAUGGUUCAGCGCUGACUACACUGGAAAACAACCUGAAUCCUGGUCUCGACGAUUCGAAGAUAUCCGUUGAUGAGCAUAUCGAAUUAGCCGCUUUACCUAAAUCAACGAAGAAUCUCUUAUUAUUAUGUUUCUGUACAUCGAUGUUCAUUGAUGUGGCUGGGGUGACCGCUACUAUAUUGAUGACUGCUGAAAUCUCGAAAGAGUUGGGUAUAGGUGUAGGGGACCAAGCUUGGGUGCUGGGUACUUAUGCCAUCGCAUUCGCCGCUUCACUCCUCCUAGCAGGUCGACUAGCAGACCUUUAUUCCCCAUCUGUAGUGUACACCAUAGGAUUCGUCGGAAUAGCCAUACUCAACUUGAUCAUUUCUUUCUUGAAUGAUAGAUACUCUUUCUUCAUCUUAAGAGCUAUAUCGGCUUUGGCAGCUGUAUUGACUAUUCCAAGUUCGAUCAAUAUGAUUGUUCAAAUGUAUCCUGAUCCGGAGGAACAGACUAAGAAAUUAUCGUUGUUUGGUGUUGCUGGAGCUUUGUCGAAUACUGUGGCUAUGAUCCUAGCUGGUCUGUUUUUGUUGGCCAGCUGGAAAUGGUAUUUCCGCUUCGUAACAAUUAUCGUUACGCCUUUCGCCUUUCUCGCAUGGAAGUACAUGCCACCCACCAAAGCCGUCUCCUCUUCCUUAUCUGGUCGCGACAAACUCAAACGACUAGACCUAAUCGGCGUAAUCCUCCUUCUCUCCGCUUUGGUCCUUUUCAUACUCGGUUUCACUCAAGCCGAAUCGAGAGGCUGGUCCUCUGUGAUAUUUCUCGUCCCAUUCCUCGUCUCUCUUGUUCUAUUUGGUUUGUUCGUCUAUUGGGAAAUGAGCUUGGAAGAAGGUCUUGGAUUAUUACCUAAAAGAGUAUGGAGCUUUCCAAACAUAUUCCAAUUGAUAAUAAUGGCUUUAGCUAUCAAUUUAUGGUUCAAUACUACACAACUACGAUUAUCUACCUAUUUUCAAGAUGUGUUGGAUAUAUCACCGAUCAUAACUGGAGUCAAAAUGUUGCCCAUGGGUAUCACGGCUUUGAUCACCGGUUUUCUCACUCAACCAUUCCCUUUCCUCGUCACCAAACCCAGAAUUGUCCUUCCUAUAUGUACAUUACUGUGUUUGGUAGGUAGCUUGCUCUUCGCAUUCAGUGACGGAGGAGAAGGGAUGAUGUAUUGGAAAUUUGUUUUCCCCGGUUUGGUAAUUGGGACGAUUGGUGGAAUCAUUGCCUAUAUCUCUGCCAACACAUGUAUCAUUCAGGCUUUCCCGAUUUCCUAUGCUGGUAUCUCCGGAUCGUUCGCCAAUGUCAUAUUUCAAAUUGGAGGUGUAAUUGGGGUGGCCAUCCAGGCGGGUUUACUGAAUACUGGAGAUGGCACGUUGGAAGAUUGGACGGGAAGUAAGAAUUCGUACUUAUUCGCUGGAGCCGUCAUCGUCUCUAGUGGACUGGUGAUGCUCACUUAUGGAGAGAGGAAGGUGUAA